GAUAUUAGUCAAGAGUACACGGAACCUUUAAAGGAUGAAGAGGUACGCCCAAUUAUCAUAGAAGCUCUGGCAGGCGGAAUUGACACUACUGCAAACGUAUUUAGCUUUUCCAUCUAUUACCUUGCUCACUACCCCAGUAUUAAAGAUCGUCUACUCCAAGAGAUUGAUGAUUUUUAUAACCAGAAUCAAAACAGAUCGCUUACAUAUGACGAUUUACCAAAUCUGAUAUAUUGCGAGGCUGUGAUUAAAGAAGUGUCUCGUGUAAUGACUACGGCACCCUUUUUAAGUCGUUACAGCACUGAACCGGACGUAAUAGGGAAUAUCCAGUGGGAUGCAGAUACGCAUUAUUUGAUUUUUACUCCAGGAAUUCAUUUAAAUGAGAAUUAUUGGGAAGAACCCAAAGAAUUCAAUGUCGAUAGAUUCAUCAGUAUCGAUGAGCAACAACAACAACAGAGCGGAAAGAAUAAUUUGAUCAUGUGGGGCGGUGGUUUAAGACAGUGUCCUGGUAGAAAAUUGGCGAUGCUUGAAUUAAAGUGCUUUCUGGUUUCGAUGUUCAGAAAUUGGGAUGUUGAAUUAUUAGAU